AUGGUGAGCUCUUUGAAAUUACCUAAUGGAGAAUGGGAUGUUCAUAGGGUUGAGAGUAUGUUUGAUCAAGCCUUAGCAAAGUGUAUUAAACAAAUUUUCUGGACCACAAAUGAGCAGCCAGACAAGCUGAUCUGGACAGGAACGAAAUCAGGUAUGUACUCCGUGAAAUCAGCUUACCGAAUGGAUGAAGAGAUCGAAGAGAGGGACGAGAGAUGGUGGAAUUUUUUAUGGAAGAGUUUUAUUCAUGAGAGGUCAAAAUUUUUCUUGUGGAAGUUGGCCAAUGGUGGUCUUCCCCUUCGAUCUAACCUUAUAGCCAGAGGUUUGAACAUAGAGAAUUCGCAGUGUGUUCAUGGGUGUCGAAGUGAUGAAAUGGAGCUUCAUGUGUUCUUUCAUUGUGAGAUAGCAAAGAUAGUUUGUCCAUAUGGAAGACAAGGAGGAUUUGUUUGCUUACAGUGCCAUUACCAUGGAACAUCUGUGGUGGCUUCGAAAUCAAGUGCUUCACGGAGGACAUGCAGAAGAAAUUGUUCUGCCCCUGACACUGUAAGGAAAUGUUCUCAAGAAUUGAAGGAAGUGCUUAGGAGAGACAGAAUGGAUAGGCAUCAUCUAGGAAAUGCCAAUUUUAGAAUCAACUCCGAGUGGAGCCGCCCCCCUCCCGGAGCUGUUAAACUCAACUCUGACACAGCUGUUCGACGCCAGGGUAGCUUUCUCGUCGUGAUAGCACGUAACGAUAGAGGAAAAAUCCUCCAUAUGCAGACAUUCAAAUCUAUUGUGAAUGAUCCCGAAAUAGUGGAAUUGGAAGCUAUUCUGAAAGCACUUUAG